CGACACACUCAAACAGCUGUGCUCCGGUAUAAAGUUUGAAUUCGUUGCAAAAGCGAUUUCAUUCGCGAAAUAUCAUCCAAAAUGAAACCAUUGAUUUUAAUAUUCGCUUUGAUGGGCGUUGCUCUGGCCAUGCCCCAUAGAUCCGGCGCAGGCUACGAUGGCGGCUAUGGACAGGGUAAUGGCAGCUAUGGUGCACAAGGCGGCUAUGGAUCUGGUCCUGUACAAAGCGGAUACGGCGGAAAAGGAUCAUUUGGGCCUGGUGCUGGCCAUGGUGGAUUUGGCGAGCAUGGAGGCUUUGGCAAUAAUUCAAGACGCCAUGGUGGACAUACCGGAUAUGGAUCUGGUACUGGACAUCAUGGACAAGCGGGAGGCUUUGGUGGACAAGGAGGAGGCUACGGUGGGCAAGUAGGAGGCUUUGGUGGACAAGGAGGAGGCUUUGGUGGACAAGCGGGAGGCUUUGGUGGACAAGCGGGAGGCUUUGGUGGACAAGGAGGAGGCUUUGGUGGACAAGCAGGAGGCUUUGGUGGACAAGCAGGAGGCAUUGGGGCACAUACAGGCUAUGGAAACGGAUCACAAGGCGGCUUUGGUGGGCAUGGCGGGCAUAGCCAUAAUCACCAUCAUAGAUACUAGAUUGAACCAGGAUUAAUCCACAUUUUUAUAUGUUCCUUACUGAAUACCAAACAUUUGCCAUUUCAAACAAAACUAUUUUAAAUCAAUUAAUAUAUAUAAAAUUAAAUAUAUAAAAUA